AUAUUCUUGUCAACAAUGGAUAAAAGGUUCAAUGUGAUUGUUUCAGUUAUGAUGUGGGAGUACAUAGGCAAACAAAUAGAAGGGAUCUGGCACACUGGCGUCGUCGCUUAUGGCAGAGAGUAUUUCUUUGGCUCUGGCGGCAUCGAGUCUUGCAGGCCUGGCGGCACUAUUCUGGGCGACCCGGACAAGAUUGAGGAACUCGGGCACUCACAGGUGCCAUACCAACUCUUCCUGGAGUAUAUCUUUGGUCUGGGUGAAGGUAAUUACAAACCUGGCGCUUACGACCUCCUCAAACACAACUGUAACAACUUCAGUGACGAAGUGUCUCAGUUCCUGUGUGGCCACGGCGUCCCCAAACACAUCCUCCAGCUCCCUGAUGAAGUACUCAAUACCACGUUGGGAGAGACACUCAAGACAGUACUGAAGGACCUGGACAUCAAGUCGUCAGACAGCAGAAAGGUCAACUUCGCAAACUUCAACAACAACCUGCACAGUUACGUGCCGGCGGAGGGCAUACCAAGACGACAGGACGACUCCCACGAGCUAGAGGAACUCAACAAAGCCAUCGACCAAGUUAGACUUCAGGGGAUCAAACUCGAGGAUCGCAGAAAUUCAAUAAAUGAGAAAGUUAUAAGAAAAGAGAAGAAGAAGAAAGAUCGGAAGGAGAAGAAAGAGAGGAAGGAGAAGAAAAAGAAAUUGAAACUGGGCGAAGAGUUUUCAGAGGAGCGGCAGAGGAAGCACAGCAUUGUUGAGAACAUAGAACAGCAACACAGCAGCUCCCCCUCUUGUUCAGGUCUGCCGUCAUCCUCGCACUCCCGCAACAACUCUGAAGGGGACACUCCGCCGCAGGUUUUGUCUGAUCCGUUGCUGGAGACGUCACUUCAGCCCUUCGACGACCUCAAUACAAACCUAGCGGCAUCGGUGGAAAACUCCAGCAGUGGGGAAAUAGUUUCAACAGAACCCGAGCCUUUUGAACGUCUUCCUUCACCGACCAGCAGAGGAACGACACCUUCACCAGAAGACAGGUUGUCUACCACAAACACAGAGAAGCCUGCCACACCAGCACAAAACACAAUGGCGGACUCUGCCCCAGAACUAGAGCCCGAAGAAUUAGCCCCCGCACCCACCGAGAGUUCCAGCGAGCCAGCGAGGGAGCCUUCGCCCAUAGAGCCCAUACCAGAGGUGGAACGUGAGCCUCCCAUUGUCUUCAAAGACGAACUGGAUGUCAAUGUUGAGUUUGAUGGUCUGGUAUCAACGUGUGCACAUCUCCUGAGCCCUGAAGAACAGGGCCACAUGGAGGAGUUGCGAGCAUACGUGGUGGAAGACGAGGGCUCCUGGGCCCUUGGAGAGAACUUCAGUAUCCUCUUCUCUCGUGUGCUUCAUGACCCCAGCAUCCCUGACCAGGCUAGACUCCACCUGGUCCGUAUCAUGGCAGCUGCAGCUCUAAAGGAUGAUGUGAUACUCCUGCUGCACCAGGAUCGACGUGAUCACACCAUCAUGAACUACGCCAACAAGGUGGAAAGUCUACCUCCUGAACACCAAGAAUCUCUUGCUCUCUUUUUCUGCAACAUGUUUGAGCACCUGAGCCCGUCAGAGUGGUUGUUAUACAUCAGUGAGUGGCAGGACGGUGGUCAGCAAGCCAGUAACAUCCGUGUCACCACUAAGGUCGCUGUUAACGCUCUCCUCCAUUCCAAUGCUAAGGUACAAGAGUAUGGUUCAGCCAUCAUGUACAACCUUGGCACUAAGGAGGUGAAAACAGUUGUCUUUGAUGAUGUGGCACCAGAGUUGGCCAUGGCAAUACUGCAAUUCUUUAAUAACCACCCCCCUGAGGAACUGUUGUGGCGUACCCUGACGGCACUCUGCAGAUUCUGUUAUUCGUCAACUGAGGUGCCGGCACUCAUCAAGAUGAUUGGUCCUGAGCCUGGCACCUUCAAGGGUGCCAGUGAGCGUGUAGAUGCCGUCAUAGAGGAGAUUGAUGCCAAGCUUAGUCGAGUUCGACUCUUCUAGACAUUUUUAAUACUCUUCUAGAUGCGAUUAAUACUCGUCGACUCUAUGAUUGAGACGUGUAUAUAAUUUAUUUAUUAUUAUGGUAAUUUUAUGACUUUUUUAGUUAUAAUGGAGAAUUUUAAUUCUGUGACUUUUUGUAAUGACAAAAAAAAUUACUUUCAUAAGGUAAUUUAUUUUAAACAUGUUGAAUUGUGUUAAUAAAAUUAGGCCUCUUAGGUCUGGUACCUGGGAGGUUGUCCUCUUAGGCCUGGUACCUUGGAGAUCAUUCUCUUAGGCCUAGUACUUGCUGUGGUCAUUCUCUUAGGCCUGGUACUUGCUGUGGUCCUUAUCUUAGGCCUAAUACUUGGUGUGGUCAUUCUAUUAGGCCUUAUACUUGGUGUGGUUGUUCUCUUAGGCCUGGUUCUUUGGGAGGUCACCCCAUUGGCCUGGUUCUUUGGGAGGUCACCCCAUAGGUCUGGUUCUUUGGGAGGUCACCCCAUAGGUCUGGUUCUUUGGGAGGUCAUCCCAUUGGCCUGGUUCUUUGGGAGGUCACCCCAUAGGCCUGGUUCUUUGGGAGGUCACCCCAUUGGCCAAGUUCUUUGGGAGGUGACCCCAUAGGCCUGGUUCUUUGGGAUGUUACAGCAUAGGCCUGGUUCUUUGGGAGGUCACCCCCAUUGGCCUGGUUCUUUGGGAGGUCACCCCAUUGGCCUGGUUCUUUGGGAGGUCAUCCCAUAGGCCUGGUUCUUUGAGAGGUCACCCCUAGGCCUGGUUCUUCAGGUGGUUGUCCUCUUAUGCAUGGUACUUCAGGUCACUGCCUCUGUGGCCUAGUACCUAGGGGUCACCACCUGUGUGGCCUUGUACCUGGGGGCCACUGCCCCUGUGGCAUGGUACCUGGGAGUCACUGCUUCUGUGGCCUAGUACCUGGGGGUAACCACCCCUGUGACCUAGUACAUGGGGGUCACUGCCCCUGUGGCCUAGUACCUGGGGGUCACCACCCCUGUGUAGUACCUGGGAGUCACUGCCUCUGUGGCCUAGUACCUGGGAGUCACUGCCCCUGUGGCCUAGUACCUGGGAGUCACUGCCCCAGUGGCCUAGUACCUGAAGGUCACUGCCCCAGUGGCCUAGUACCUGGGGUCACUCCCCCAUGGCCUAGUACCUGGGGUCACUGCCCCAGUGGCCUAGUACCUGGGGGUCACUGCCCCUGUGGCCUAGUACUUGGGGUCACUGCCCUAAUGGCCUAGUACCUGUGGGGUCACUGCCCCAGUGGCCUAGUACCUAGGGGUCACUGCCCCCAUGGCCUAGUACCUGGGGUCACCACCCCAGUGGCCUAGUACCUGGGAGUCACCACCCAAGUGGCCUAGUACCAGGGGUCACUGCCCCAGUGGCCUAGUACCUGGGGGUCACUGCCCUAGUGGCCUGGUUAAGCUGCUUCAUACUAACAUGGCAUCACUGGCACCUAGCAGCUGUGGCAGCUGUGCUUUUAUCACUGUUAAUGGCUUAUACACGAGGCACUGCAGGUUAUAACAGUGAGCUGUUAUAACAGUGACGAAGAUGGAUUUAUGAUUCAUCACAAUGCGUUGCAGUGACGAAGAUGGACUUAAAACAUGCCAGAACGCGUUUCUCACUUGUAUACGACACCAAUGUUGAACUCAGUGUUGCAAGUAUUGUAAAACUAUGUUGAGCACUGCCUAUGGUAAUAGUGGACACAAUACAUAAAUAUGGUGUACAAUGAGUUAAAAACAAUGAGGUAUUUGUUAAAUGUUCCUUGCUUAUGUAUAAUGAGUU